CAGUGAUAAACUAGGGCUGUCAGAAGCUCACCAUUGUCAGAAGUGUACUCCUGGACAUUUCUGCGCAGAGAUUGGACUUACUGCUGCGUCAGGACCAUGUUGGGCAGCACCGGAGCCAACAGCAAGUCCAGAGCAGCGAGCCUCCGUGCCUGGGAACACCGCGAGCAGCGAGUCCCGGAGCAGGGCGGGGGAACAGCAGCUCAGCAGCCUCAAAGCAUCGCGCAUGCCGCGAGCGCGAGCCAACCGCGUGACUGGGUGCAGGGCAGCUCGAGGCGGCGACAGCGCGGCUCAGCCGCCGGACGGUUAGAGAGGCCGUGUCCCCAGAGAGACGGGGUUUGGGGCGAUUCCCGGAGCGACGAAAGUACGAAUCCCGGUACAGAGCGACUUACCCGGUUGGUGCUGAAUGCCGGAUUUUAUUGCCUUGAGGGAUCUAAAGCACCCACUCCCAUUGCAUCUGUCUUUGGUGACAUUUGUACCCCUGGUCACUUUUGCCCCAGUGCUACUGCCCCCCCUGUUCCAUGUCCAUCUGGAACAUUCCGAUCUACACCAGGGGGAAAAAGUGAAGACGACUGCCUGUUGUGUCCUUCAGGUUUCUAUUGUAAGGAACCAGGCAAGGACAGUGUUGAAGGAUUUUGUGAGCCAGGAUUUUAUUGUCUAAUUGGAGCAAAGACCGCAACACCCCGUGAUGGUGUUACAGGUGACAUUUGUCCUGUUGGCUAUUAUUGUCCAUUGGGUUCUGGUGGCCUCAAGUUACAUCAGAAUGGGACAUCUGUGAACCAUACAGGGACUGAAGAAUCUAACAUCUGUCCUGAAGGGUCUCUCUGCACCAAUAGAGAAAGAACUGAGCCAUGCCAUCAAGAUUCAUACUGUCCAGAAGUUUCUGGUACCUUCCCACAGUCUUGUCCUUAUGGGACUUUUGGAGCAUCCAGGGGAUUAAGGAAGAGGUCUGACUGCAUUCCAUGCCUUGGUGGUUCCUACUGCAGUCGGCCAGGUCUCUCAGAAGUUGAAGGUCCUUGUGAUCCUGGUUUUUAUUGUGAAUCUGGAGUGAACUCACCACGGCCUUCACAGUAUUCGGCUCAUACAGGGAAAGGUGGUGAAUGUAGUGUAGGUUCCUACUGUCCCAGAAACUCUACAGUGUCUAUACCAUGUCCCCCUGGAACCUACAACUCAGAAAUAGGUCAGAGUGACUGCAAAAUAUGCUUGGCUGGAUAUUUCUGUUUGGGUGGAACUUCCAACCCCUUCCCACUGAAAUGCCCAAAAGGUCACUUCUGUCCAGAACGUACCCGCUUUGGAGAAGAAUACCAUUGUCCCCCUGGGACCUAUAAUAGUUUACUUGGUCAACAAAGCUCUGCUGACUGCUUAAUUUGCCCUCCAGGCCAGUUUUGUGAAGGGAUUGCUCUGAGCUCACCGAGUGGGAACUGCUCUAAAGGCUGGUAUUGCACCGGAGGGUCAGUAACAAGCAAACCCUUGCCCCAAGGCGAUUUCUCAAAUAUUUCAGAUUGUGCUUCCCAAGAAGAUGUUUUCCCAGGAAAUCGUUGUUCUCCUGGGUUUUUCUGCCCAGAAGGAUCAUCUUUUCCUCUGAUUUGUACAGCAGGAUAUUAUUGUGAUCAAUAUGAGCUCGCUGAACCAACAGGUCCUUGUGAUGCAGGAUACUAUUGUCCUAUUGAUAGUACUGAGCAUGCCCCAGACUCUUUCAGGUGCAUUGCUGGGCAUUACUGUCCUGAGGGCUCACCAACCCCCAAGCCAUGUCCUGAAGGAAUAUUCUCCAGUACCCCCAUGAGCAAGGUGCCUGAGAACUGCCUGCCUUGCUUACCAGGAUUCUUCUGCGAAGGCGUCAGGCUGUUUCAUCCAACUGGCCUCUGUGCAUCUGGUUACUACUGCCCAGGAGGUCAGAGUUCUCCCACCACAGCAAACCUUUUAUGUCCUCCUGGGUCCAGGUGUCCAGCAGGAAGCCCCAGUCCUGACCCUUGUCCAAGAGGUUUCUACCAAGCACUGAAAGGCCAGUCUGAGUGUAAUCCUUGUCCUGCUGGAAGCUACUGCUACACAUCUGAGUUGGACAACUGGGGAGUCGAAGCCCCUCAGCAAUGUCCACCUGGGCAUUUCUGCCCAAGAAGAAUAGAAUUUGCCACCGAGUACAAAUAUCCUCAUGGAACUUUCAGCAACAAAGAAGGACGAACCUCAGCAGCUGAGUGUGACCUUUGCCCUCCGGGACAGUUUUGUAGCCAAGAAGGCAUGACUGAACCCUCUGGAUCCUGUUUGACUGGUUUUUAUUGCCUCAUUGGAGCAAUGUACCCCAAUCCAACUGAUGGCAUCACUGGUGAUAUUUGCCCAAUGGGCAAGUUCUGUGAAGCAGGCUCUGUUGCAGGUGUUGACUGUCCAAUUGGCCAUUACAGCAAUAAGACUGGUUUGACCUCUCCAAGUAAUUGUACUCCUUGCGACCCUGGCUUCUGCUGUAGUCAUCUUGGAUUGACAUCUCCACAGGGUCCAUGUGCAAGAGGAUAUUACUGCAAACUGGGUGCUCGAUCACCAAAUCCAGAUAAUGGCAUUGAAGGUACUGUUUGCCCUGCUGGUUAUUACUGUGUGAGUGGGACUGAGAGGCCAGUGCCUUGUCCAAUUGGGACAUACAAUCCUUCAAAAGGAAGGGAUUCAGUGGCUGGUUGUUUGCCAUGUGAUCCAGGACAUUACUGUGGAAACAUUGGUCUCACUCAACCCAGCGGCUUGUGUUUCGAAGGCUAUUAUUGCAUCGGACACACUUCCCAGCCUAAUCCACAAGACGGAGAAAGUGGUGGUGUUUGUCCUGAGGGAUUUUACUGUCAUGCUGGAACCUAUAAACCUGUCCCUUGCCCAAGUGGGACCUUCCUGAAUCAUAGUGGUGGGACUGAAUGUGUUGUGUGUCCUGCAGGAUAUUUUUGUGUCUCUGGCAAUAAGAUUAAUCUGUGUCCAUUAGGAUUUUAUUGUACUGAAGGUACGGGUGCAGACAUCACAUCUUGCCCUGCAGGCACAUAUGGAGGACGUAUGGGUUUGAAAGAAGAGGAUGAUUGCUUUCCGCGUAAAGGGGGAAUUCUACUGUGCGCAAGUUGGUCUUUCUUCACCACAGGGGAAGUGUGACCCUGGACAUUACUGCAUCUCAGGGAUGAACAUUCCCAAUCCUGGUCCUGCCCAGCUCUUCUUGGGAAAAGGUGGAAAGUGUGGUACUGGGCAACAGUGUCCCUCAGGGUCAGUUCUACCACAGCCAUG